AUGGCAAGCCAUUUGAUGAACAAGAUUUGUGAUCUCUUCGGCUUCAAGCAGCGUAAAUAUUCUAUGUAUCAUGCUGCCGCCAACGGUCUAGCUGAAGCGUUCAAUGAGACUUUGUGUAACUUGUUGAAGAAGGUUGUCUCCAAGUCCAAACGAGAUUGGCAUGAACGAAUGGAAGAAGCUUUGUGGGCAUAUAGGACGACUUACCGCACACCAACGCAAGCAACCCCAUACUCGCUUGCUUAUGGAGUUAAAGCAGUCCUACCACUUGAGCUCCAAAUACCUUCUUUACGACUUGCUAUUCAAGAAGGGCUCACCAAAGAGGAAAAUGCUCGGUUGCAUCUUACAGAGUUUGAAGCACUUGAUGAGAAAAGACCUUCACCAAAUGCUGAUGGUUCAAUGAGGGAAAAUCUCUAUAGAAAUGGGUUUCUCCAACGGGAUGACUGUAGUCUCUUAGAAAGUGGUCAAUUCAGCAAGUCGAAGUUUACAAAUCUGUCGAUUUUCAAGUUGAAGUCCUCAAAUCCGCCAACUCUUCAAGUUAAAGUCCAAAACCACUACAUCUGCAAGUUGAGUUCUUCAAGUCAGUUUUCAAGCUGA